AAACAAACAGACAAUGAUCAGAAAAAAUAUUUACAAAAAAUGUAAACUCCCUAUUAACAGCAUUGAUAUUCAUAAAUGUGUAUUCACCAAAAAGAAAGAGUUUAUAUCCAGAAUACCGUACCACAUUAUAAUUAAAACGUUAAGUUUACGAAUAAUUCAAUGAUAAAAACUUUAUUAUUGUGCUCUAAUUAAAUACAUUGAAAAUAUGCCUCGUCUGGAAGUGUAUCUGUUAUAUCUGUGCGUGUUUUUACUGUCCAGUAACUUGCUAGGCCCUGAAGCUCUGAAGAAAAAGCGGAAAAUUACAACUGAAAGUGAUGAUGAUUUGGACACAAAAAAUACAGAUACUGUGUACAGGACUAUAGAGAUAUUUGAGGAGUACAUAGAUGCUCUUAGAAAUAGUAGCGAUGUUCCCGAAGACUGGGGAAAUAAUAAGGAUAAUAAUUUAGAUAAAGUUGAGUACUAUCUCAAAUUGUUGAAGAAAGGCCUUCUAAGGCACAUAUUAACAGCAACAUGUAAAACUGAAGGGGAUAUUCAGAAAUUUAACGAAGUUCUUCAAGUUAUUAUGGAUAGUCUGCCACCACUGGUUCAGGAAAAAGAGCUUGAACUAUCAUCAGAGUUAAAAGAAGCUAAAGAACUGUAUGAAGCAGCAUUGCUGACACUGCUUAGACGGACUCCCGAGUUUUACAGACUCGUGUUUAAAGUCCGGCUACCUAUGGAUACUAUGGGCUAUAUUCUGGGUAAGAUGAAGUUAGUCUGGUCAUAUCUGACUAGAGAAGGCCAUGAAUGGGAAUUAGAAAAGAUUAAGGCCAAUCUUCACAGAGCCAUGCUCCAAAUGAAGAAGGCUGCCGACACAGGCUACGCCCCCGCUAAGAUCAAGCUGGCUUGGUCCUUCCUGUUUGGAGAAAACAUAGAAAUGGACUUCGAAAGGGCUAAGAACAUAUUUGAGGAGAUGGCAGCAGAAGGAAACGCUGACGCUCAUGCUGGCAUGGGCUUCCUAUACGCGACCGGUAUAGCUGUCCCGGUGUCUCAGGCCAAAGCUCUAGUACACUAUAUGAUGGGAGCGCUCGGGGACAGCGACUUCGCACAGAUGGCGCUAGCGUACCGAUACUGGAGCGGUAACACUGUGCCCAGUUCCUGUCCCAAGGCCAUGGACUUGUAUAUGAGGGUAGCAGACAAGGUGGCGAGUAACAUGGAAGGCGCCGGUCCAGGCAACAUUGACCCCGAGCGCGAUGUUUUGGUAUCUACCAAUAUCACAGAGUACUACCAGCAGCUCGCUGAGAAAAAAAUGAGAGAGAAACAGGCACAGCCAGAUUACAAACGUGAUCUGCGGUAUUUCGAGGAAGCUGCAAAACGCGACAAUCCAGUUGCACAAGUGGAGUUGGGUUUUAUGUAUCUAAAGGGUCGAGGCGUUCCGAAGGAUCCAAGAAUAGCGUUUAAAUAUUUCACGAUGGCAGCCAACCAAGGAUGGGCAGAGGGACAGCUGCAACUUGGUAUUAUGUACUUGAAUGGUAUCGGUGUCCGUCGUGACUUCAAGCAGGCCAACAAAUACUUCUCCCUGGCGUCGCAGACAGGCCACGUACUGGCGCUAUACCACCUCGGACAGAUGCUUGCGCAGGGACUCGGGGUGAAACACUCCUGUUUCAAUGCCGUUAUGCACUUCAUGAACGUGUCGAAGCGAGGUCCGUGGGCCACUCGUAUAUUGGACGCUCACAGCAGUGGGUACCCGCGGGGCGUGGACUCCGAGAUACUGCAGCGCCUGUGGCUGGCUGAACUAGGAUACAGCUCCCAGCAGUGGACAGCGGCCGUCAUGCUCGAGACAAGUAACCACCAUUUGUUCAAUGAACCAGAGAUACAAGCGCGCUACCGGCAGCUGGUGACGCGGAGUAAGGUUCCACGCCAGGACCAGUCCAUCAACUCAAUCAUCAAAUACAAUGAAUUGUUAGGACCUGAGGCGCGUAAAAAAAGUGAGAAAAAUGAUGAGGACGAGGAGGGCAGUGAGGGUUCUGAUUCAAAAUACAAUCCGGUCGACGCCGACUACUUCAAAGAGCUGAAGGAUGCUAUGAAGAAGGAAGAGAUAGUGCUACAGGAGUAUGCUGAUGCUAUAAGAAAUGCCAGAGAUAUUCCUAAAGAUGAAGACCAUAAAGAAACUCAUUUAGAUCAAAUGGAGUAUACUCUGAAAUUGUUGAAGAAGAGCCUUCUGAGGCACACAGAGUCUGCCUGGAUACAUGAUCCUAAGUCUACGGAGAGUUUAGAAGGAGAUAUUGAGAAAUUGGAGGACAAUCCUCAAGACAUUCUGGACACUCUGCCUCCAUUGCCUGAAGAACCAGAACCUGAACUGUCACCGGAGUUAAAAGAAGCCAAAGAACUAUAUGACGCGGCGAUGGUGAAACUAAACAGACGGUCGCCCGACCUUCGCGGAGCCAUCCUCCAAGUGAAGCAGGCAGCUGACAUGGGCUACAUACCUGCUAAGAUCAAGCUGGCCUGGUCCUACCUGUUCGGAGAAGGCGUAGAACUGGACUUGGAGAAGGCCAAGAAAAUCUUCGAGGAGCUGGCUGUAGACGGAAACGCUGAUGCUCAUGCUGGCAUGGGCUUCCUAUACGCGACCGGUAUAGCAGUCCCGGUGUCUCAGGCCAAAGCGCUAGUACACUAUAUGAUGGGAGCGCUCGGGGACAGCGACUUCGCGCAGAUGGCGCUAGCGUACCGAUACUGGAGCGGUAACACUGUGCCCAGUUCCUGUCCCAAGGCCAUGGACUUGUAUAUGAAGGUGGCUUCUAAAGUGGCAAGUCAAGUAACAUUCAGCGGAGGUCCUGCCAUACAACGCACGCGACUGAUCGACGAGGCGGAGGGCGGCGGCCCGGGGACCCUGGACACAGACCUCAUUGAGUACUACCAACUCUUGGCUGAAAAGGGAGACGUGCAAGCACAGGUCGGUUUGGGCCAGUUGCACUUCCAAGGCGGACGCGGCGUGACUCUAGACAUCAACAAGGCGCUCCACUACUUCCAACAAGCUGCCAAGACUGGGAACGCUGUCGCUAAUGCAUUCUUAGGCAAAAUAUACUUGGAAGGUGGUGACGGCAUCAAGGCAGAUAAUGACACUGCACUGCGGUACUUCAGAAAAGCCGCUGAACUUAAUAACCCAGUUGGACAGAGUGGAUUAGGUAUCAUGUAUCUACAGGGUCGUGGUGUCCCUAAAGACACGAAUGCGGCGUUUAAGUACUUCACGAUGGCCGCCAACCAGGGCUGGGUUGAGGGACAACUUCAUCUUGGAUUCAUGUACUUCGGUGGUAUCGGCGUCCGUCGUGACUUCAAGCAGGCCAACAAGUACUUCUCCCUGGCCUCGCAGACAGGCCACGUACUGGCGCUGUACCACCUCGGACAGAUGCAUGCGCAGGGACUCGGGGUCAUGCGCUCUUGUACUACUGCUGUAGAGCUUUUCAAGAACGUGUGCGAGCGCGGCGGGUGGGGCGCGCGCCUGAUGCGAGCGCACGCGGGCUGGCGCGCGCGGGACUCCGACUCCGCGCUGCUGCAGUACCUCGCGCUCGCCGAGCGUGGGCUCGAGAUCGCACAGACCAACGCCGCCUUCUUGCUAGACAAUGGCGAGGUCCGUCUGUUCAGUGAGUCGGAGCGCUGGGCGCGCGCGCUGCAGCUGUGGGCGCGCGCGGCGGCGCAGGGCUCCGGCGCCGCGCGCGUCAAGCUCGGCGACUACCACUACUACGGACUCGGGACGCCGCACGAUCUGGAGGCUGCGGCCUACCAUUACAGGAUAGCAUCAGAGCAGCUGCACAACGCGCAGGCGACGUUCAACCUCGGCUACAUGCACGAGCGCGGGCUGGGGCUGGCGCAGGACGCGCACCUGGCCAAGCGCUGCUACGACCUCGCGGCCGAGUCCUCGCCCGACGCCAGGCUGCCCGCCGCGCUCGCGCUCGCCCGUCUUAACGCUGCUACUGCACUCUCGCAGAUACUUGAUAGUCCGUUGGCAGUCAUAUUCCUGACGGAUUCAGCACUACUGUCCAACUGGGACCUGUACCUCAUCACAGCACUCCUCGGGGCUCUGGGCGUAGUGGACAAACUUGGCAAUUAUCUAGGACACCAGGUUGGUAAAGGGACGCUGCGAGACGCGCAUGCCCAACUACCCAGAGUGGCGGCGGCGCCAAAACAAUAUAGAGGCGUCGACUAG